UUUCCACAAGCCGAAGACCUGUCCUCAACAACCGGAGACUCCGCCAGCUCCCUCUCUUCUUCCUCCUUCUCCUCCUCCUCCAAGAUGCUAAGGAAACCUCGGGGAUACUCGUGGGCGACCGGAACAUCCCUGACAUGUCGGAACACCGUUAUCAUGAGGAUAUCGAAGGGGAGUUCCUCGUGAGAGAGUUUAUCCUACAGGAGGUCCAUCCUCGGACCGCGUUGCUUUGUCCCAAGGACUUCGCUAUUGCUAAGAUUGCUAUGCUGAUACAAACAGGACCCGACAUCAUUGAGAAAUUUCCCGACCACAAGCUCGACAUACCCUAUGCCCACUGGCUCAUCAAACCGGACGACGGCGUGCCCACAGACGAGGAGAGGGGCACUACCAAAUGCCCAACGCUACAAAAGUGUCUCGGGUAUCAGGCCUGUCUCUUCAAUUUUGGUAUCGAGUUUUGUCAUAUGGACCCCGUACCUGGGCAGAGAAAGAACUUGGGUGUGAACUUGACCUGCGUUCGAGACGACGAGCUUCUAAAGUCGAUGCUGAGUGUGAACUACGAGGCGGAAUUCGUCCAUGAAGUAUUCAGGAGAACGAAAUUGGUGCUCCACUUGACCUACAACUCGCGCCUGGAAGAAACCCUUCCGGAACUGACCUCCACCGAAGUCAAGGAGCGCGAGGAGUCAGAAUCCGAGGUCUUCCAUGCCACAUGCCCUGACCUCGAACGGGCAAUGGACGCGGGGUACAGAGGUCACUGCCAUAAGGAACCUCCGGCGCCCACGGAGGUCAGCGAAGGCCUGUGGGCGCUCUUGGGAAGAGUACCGUCCAGAGUGUGUCGUGAGGAACUGCAGCAGAUCUACUGUUCCUUCUUGUACCAGAACAAAGGGCUAUGUUUGCCCCCUUUUGUUCUCGAACCGGGCCACGCACGUGACCUAGGUCCAGAAAAACUCCAUCUGGCGGCCAACUCCUUCCCCAAGAGUGAGACGAGACCUGACCUGACCUCGUAUGCCAAAGUUCUGCAGGAUCCCAAGAAAGACAUCAUCCCAGCACGAUUAGGAUUUGUUAUUCUGGCGCACAAGGAUCCCCCUGCUCUGAUGCAGCUUCUGAGACUCAUCUACCGACCUCAGCAUCAUUACGUCAUCCACGUGGACAAGCGACGUGAGGAUACACGUUCGACGCUGAUUAAGCUGAUCGCUAAACUCAUGCCUGGGGCCAAGAACAUUCGGGUCCUUCCGGUGACCCGCUCCUUCGUGGCCUCCUGGGGCUCCUACAACAUCGUCCGGGCGGAGCUGGAGGCCUUCGAGGAGCUCCUGAGGAUGGGCAUCUGGGACUUCGCCGUCAAGCUGAGCGGUGCCGACCUCCCCCUUCGAGAUGUGGACGACUUGAGUGCCACGCUGGCACCCUACAGGGGGGAGAACUACGUGCCGCUCUUCGGUCAUCGCAACAGGGACAUGAAGGCCGAGCAAGGACUCGUGUGGGAUGUCUGGCAUGGGUGUGAAGGCUACGUGUACAACGUAACGAAAGCAGGGGGCCAACCACACCCGGAGGAAAUACCAAUCUACACAGGCUCCCAGUGGUCAAUCAUGGGUCGUGACCUAACACACUACGCCGUGACCCAUGAGCGACGUUCCGACCAGUUGAACCGAUGGCAUUAUCACUUGCAGAUGUCGAUCAUACCUGACGAAGCUUACUUCCCGACCAUCACCAUGAAUUCACCUUAUGUCAAUAAAUCUCGUCCCCUUGGCUUCCACUGGCUUAAAAAAUUCGAGGGACGAAAUACCAUUAACCUUUGCCGUCACAUGGAGGAUGCGGAUUUCUGCGGCCAGGGUCCAGGUCCUGUCGAGGAAGAUGAUUUGAGAGAAAUGAUGGAAUCCUCUCACAGAUAUUUCUUCGCUAGGAAAUUCCACACUGAUAACCCUGGCCACAGCACGAGGAUAAGGGUAACAGAGCACGUGCGAACCAACUACUACCUGAGCCUCCGCCGCCAUAUCCCCCGCGGCCUCCUGAAGCAGCUGGCCGACCUCGCCUUCGUCAGGCUCGAGCAGGACUUGCGCGCCCACCCCGUCCUCGGCUCCUUGACGAUCUCGCCCGGGGAUGUCACGGCCUUCAAGGUUCUGCCGCGCCUCCACCUCACCAACCCUUGUUGCUCCCUCCCUUUCGAGAGGUCCUUCAAGAGCACGCAGGAAUUCGUCUUCUGGGUCGAUUUCAACAUUUCCAUGACGUCAUCUCCCCGCCCACAGAGCGACGAGACGGGGUCCAGCGUGGCGGGCGCGCGGGCGUUGGUGGCGCAGAGGGCGGUGUGUGACUGUUACCCCGACGGACACUUGAGGGCGCUCAGGGUUACCACUUGGCCUGAGGAUCCCACUUCGCCCCGACGCAUCCUCUAUGGCGGUCGCAGAUCUGCUCUCACGACCAACGUGCCCCUCCCGUUCGUGAUGCCCGGCGCCGAUACUGUCUACGUAGAGCUGUGGUUCCACGUGGGUCCGCGGAGCUUAAGCGAGGAUUGCAAAAGGAAAAUUAGGCCUACGGGCAGGCCUAUGGAGUUCGGCAACAUGAACGUGCAGGAGACAAAGGCUGACCCCCUGGACAUCGUGGUGCAGGUCAUUGACCCGAACGGCAAUGUCAGAUGCGAGGAACGAAAAACGGACCACUGGGACCUCCAACACGUCCAUCCAAACAGGGACUUUGAGAGGGUCGAAAUGCCUUCCUUUUUCACUGUGUUGUGCGGUACGAUGGAACCUGGCAAGUGGACGCUCAGGGUCUUCCAGGACGGAGUGCAGGAUGCCCGCCAUUAUGAACUGCCUCUCGUAGUUUUACCUUCAUCUGCUGACCUGCCCUCUGACCCCGACGUUCUCCAGCGCAUUGACCUUCUACAGGAUCUCUGGACUAUCGAGAAGGUUACUCUCCUGCCUUUGAGUGAUUAUUAUGGAGAUUCUCCCAGACUUCCAUUGCGUGACUCGAAGCGCCCAACCUUAUCACCACGAGAUGGAGACAAAUCAAAGAAACCUCAAAGCGAAAAAGAAAAGAAAGAGGAGGAGAAAUUGGAAAAACAAAAGAGAGACGAUGGAGAGGAAAAGAAAAGAAAGAAGAAGAAGGAGGAAAAUGAGGAGGAGGAGAAGAAGAGGGAGAAGGGAGAAGGGGAGAUAAAAGAGGAGAUGAGAGCACACGUGAAAGAUGUCCAUCUUCCCCCAAGGAGCAGGAGGUCAGCUGAGGACGAGCUUCACUUCGGGUUUCAUCAUGACGACCCCGUGUUCAGCGUGCGCGAGUGGGUGCUAUGUAGCGGGGGCCUUCUCACCACCUCCCUGACGCUGGUCUUCACUUACCACUGGCUCAUCCUGCCGGCGUUGUACGGGGUUCGUCCUUCCCCCAGGAUGCGUCGCUCCGCCCUCCUGGUCCUCAUGUCCAUCCUGAUGCAGAUCGUCGUGUGUGCCCUCUACUGUAGAUGAUCCUGGUCUUCGAGGGGUAGGGGUAGGAGGGGUACGGAAGGGAACAGGGGAAUGGGGUUAGAGUAGGGUAUGGGGGAACCAGGGAGGAGUGGGGUGGUUUGUGUACUAGCAAGUUUGUGUGUUGGUUGGGUGCUUUAGAUGCAGAGGAAACGUUUUCACGAUAAUAGCUGUCUGCUAAAACGUUCGCCGUCUUGGAAUUGCACAUAGACAUACGCAGAACAUAUAUACACACAGAUAUUCACGCACGCAUGCACUAACACAAGAUAAAUCGUUGUAGUUAACACGGUCGUUACGGUCAAUGACAGGGACUUCGUUUUUUGUUUUGCUUUUUGUUCUCUCGGUCUGUGUGCCUGUGAAAUGGAGCGUUCAAGAAGAUAUCGCCGCCUCGUAGACAUUAUUUUUUCGUUGUCAAUAGUUUCGAGUGUUAAGAUGAGGUAAAGAUGGGGUUGAAUUUUCACUCUGGUCUAUGUCUAUUUCCCUUUCUAUUCGCAUAUUAUUAUCUUGAUUUAUUUCAUUCUUCCUGUCUGUCUCUUCAACCUCCUUUCUUCACUGCUCUCAUCGAAUCAUGCAGACACACAUAGGUAUGCACUAAUACACACACAUACAUAGAGAAAUUUAUUUACAAAUCUCGAUGAAAAAGAAUAAAUCUCCUUGUAUUUUAACAAACAGGGUAGCAGACACACACCACUCCACUCCCACUGUAUAGUUGUAUUUUCAAUUUCUCUUUUGUAUUUUGUACUUGUUGUGUUGAAGUCAACGAUAAAAUAGGAGUUGUAUGUUGAGGUUUAUGAUAAAGUAAAGGGUUCUUUUUCUGUUGAAUUGUUAUGAAUUUUUGAAAUAAAUUUGUUGCAAAUGUAA